AUGAUAUUUAGAGUAUAUGAUAAUCACAAUCAACCAGUAGACGAUAUUACUAAGGCAUACAAAUUGACGACAACAGAAGGAAUUCAUUCUGUAUUAUGUCGUGUUCGUAGAAGUGUUAAUUCAGCAAUGCAACAUUUAGCUUGGCUUGCAGUAGGUACAACUGCUUUUCUUACAUUAGGUUGGCUUAUAAAGCAUCGUUUAAAACAACGUGAAGAAAGUCAAAAUGCAUAUAAAGAUUUGAUAAAUAACAUAAUAACUUUACUUGAAAAUCAAUAUGAAGAUCAUUUACAUGAUCCAGAAGUAAAACCAUGGCUUGCUAUAACUCAUAUUCGUGAUAUGCUUAUUCCAUCACAAGAUCGUAAACGAUUAAAAAAUCUUUGGGAACAAGCUGUAAAACAAAUAAGUCAACAUGAAUCACGUAUACGUGCCGAAUCACAAUUAAUUCAUGGUGAAGAAUAUGAAGUUUGGAGAUGGAUACAACCACGUUCAUCUAGUCCAUCACCAACAAGAAAAAAACGAACAGAAUCACCACAUAGUUCAAAUGAAGAAACAUAUGUUUACACGCCACCUGAUGUUGGUCUUACAGAAUGUCUUAAAUUGCGAAAUUUCUUUGAUCCUCAUGGCAUUGCUGAUGAUGAUGAAAUCGAUCUAGUUGUUGAUAGUAUUCAAAAUCUUUGUGCUACAGUUAAAAGAAUUGAACAUAUUGGUAUAAAUUCAAUAUUUGUUUACUUAAAAUUUUCAUCUAAAGAAGCAGCUGCUCAAGGUUUUCAUUUACUUAAUAAUUGGAAAUAUCAUGGUCGUGAAAUUAUUGCUAAAUAUCUUCGUCUUGAACGUUAUCAUGCACAUUUUCCUGAAGCUCGUGAAAGUAGCUCAACAAAUAAUUAA